AACUCUGAGAAGAGCUUGAUUCUGAGAACAGUGACUCUGAGAAGCUUAAUUCAUAGUUUCUCUUUCACAGCAUAUCUGAGCCCUGCUCAGACUGCUACUGAGUUGAGUUCACAGAAUUCUACAGUUUCUUUAUCUUCUCUCUGUAAAAAGGCUUCAGUGCAGUCUCUGAUCAGCAUUACUACUUAUCUAUACUAUAUUAAACAGCUGAAGAAGAGAAGAAUUUUAUAUACUCAUCUCUUCUCUCACUUUCAUUAUUUUUAUUGUAUCUGUAACAAUAACUUCUAUCUUUCUAUAA